CGAACCCGGGUCCCCUCGCCUGGUCCGCGGAGGCUGCGCCAGGUGGGGCCCGAAGUCGCCUCCCACGCCAGGCUGUCCCCGCGGCCGCCCGGCCUGCCUGCCUGCCUUCCGCCUGCCAGCCGGCCCGCCCUUGGAGUUCACCAAGCCGCAAUGAAGAGCUUCUUACAGUGAAAGGAAAGUAGGUCGCGCCCACUGAAAAUGCCUUUAAGGGACAAAUACUGUCAAACUGACCACCAUCAUCACGGAUGCUGUGAACCAGUUUAUAUCCUGGAACCUGGAGAUGCUCCUUUGUUACAGCAACCACUACAGACAUCCAAAUCUGGUAUUCAGCAAAUAAUUGAGUGCUUUCGAUCAGGAACUAAACAACUUAAGCACAUUUUAUUAAAAGACGUGGACACUAUUUUUGAAUGUAAAUUAUGCCGCAGUCUCUUCAGAGGAUUACCAAAUUUAAUUACCCAUAAAAAGUUCUACUGCCCGCCAAGUCUUCAGAUGGAUGACAACCUUCCUGAUGUAAAUGAUAAACAAAGCCAAGCCAUAAAUGAUCUCCUAGAAGCCAUAUAUCCAAGUGUGGACAAGCAAGAAUAUAUUAUUAAACUAGAACCCAUAGAAACUAACCAGAAUGCAGUGUUUCAGUAUAUCUCAAGGACUGAUAAUCCUACCGAAGUUGCAGAGUCAAGCAGUACUCCUGAACAAACCGAAGUUCAAAUACAGGACACUAGCACUGAACAGUCUAAAACAGCUCCAGUUACAGACACAGAGGUGGAAACUGUAGAGCCCCCUCCUGUUGAGAUUGUUGCAGAUGAAGUUGUACCUACAUCUGAUGAACAACCUCAGGAAUCACAGGCUGACUUGGAAACUUCUGACAAUUCUGAUUUUGGUCACCAGUUGAUAUGUUGUCUUUGUAGAAAAGAAUUUAAUUCCAGACGAGGUGUUCGUCGUCACAUUCGAAAAGUACACAAGAAAAAGAUGGAAGAACUAAAAAAGUACAUUGAAACACGAAAGAAUCCAAACCAAUCUUCUAAAGGACGCAGUAAGAAUGUUCUAGUUCCAUUAAGUAGGAGUUGUCCAGUAUGUUGUAAAUCAUUUGCUACAAAAGCGAAUGUAAGGAGGCAUUUUGAUGAAGUUCAUAGAGGACUAAGGAGGGAUUCAAUUACUCCUGAUAUAGCAACAAAGCCUGGGCAACCUUUGUUCCUGGAUUCUGUUUCUCCUAAAAAAUCUUUUAAGACUCGAAAACAAAAGUCGUCUUCAAAGGCUGAAUACAAUUUAACUGCAUGCAAAUGCCUCCUUUGCAAGAGGAAAUAUAGUUCACAAAUAAUGCUUAAAAGACAUAUGCAAAUUGUCCACAAGAUAACUCUUUCUGGAACAAACUCUAAAAGAGAGAAAGGCCCCAAUAAUACUGCCAACAGUUCAGAAAUAAAAGUUAAAGUUGAACCAGCAGAUUCUGUAGAAUCUUCACCCCCUUCCAUUACCCAUUCUCCGCAGAAUGAAUUAAAGGGAACAAAUCAUUCAAAUGAAAAAAAGAACACACCGGCAGCGCAGAAAAAUAAAGUUAAACAAGACUCUGAAAGCCCUAAAUCAACUAGUCCGUCUGCUGCAGGUGGCCAGCAAAAAACCAGGAAACCAAAACUUUCAGCUGGCUUUGACUUUAAGCAACUUUACUGUAAACUUUGUAAACGUCAGUUUACUUCGAAACAGAACUUGACUAAACACAUUGAAUUGCACACAGAUGGGAAUAACAUUUAUGUUAAAUUCUACAAGUGUCCUCUUUGCACUUAUGAAACUCGUCGGAAGCGUGAUGUGAUACGACAUAUAACUGUGGUUCAUAAAAAGUCAUCCCGUUAUCUUGGGAAAAUAACAGCCAGUUUAGAGAUCAGAGCUAUAAAAAAGCCCAUUGAUUUUGUUCUAAAUAAAGUGGCAAAAAGAGGCCCUUCGAGGGACGAAGCAAAACAUAGUGACGCAAAACAUGAUGGCACUUCUAACUCUCCUAGUAAAAAGUAUGAAGUAGCUGACGUUGGUAUUGAAGUUAAAGUCACAAAAAACUUUUCUCUUCACAGAUGCAAUAAAUGUGGAAAGGCAUUUGCCAAAAAGACUUAUCUCGAACAUCAUAAGAAAACUCAUAAGGCAAAUGCUUCCAAUUCACCUGAAGGAAACAAAACCAAAGGCCGAAGUACAAGAUCUAAGGCUCUUGUCUGAUAACUUCAAGUGAUGUACGAAAAGGUUUGGAGUUCAUUUUUGUGGAAAGACUUUAAAUUGGUGUUAGAACCACUAAACGUCUUCAAAUGGUACCAUGAUGAAAAAAAAAAAAGAAAAAAAAUUGAUAAAUUUUGACUGUAACUGCUGUUUUCUGACUAAAAUAAUAACCAUCUAACCACUUGUUUAUAAGGCACUGCCUCUUCCAGCACUUUUAAGUAGCUGUGACAUUACAUGUUGUCAUCACAGUCUAUCAGCUAACCACCCCUUGUGUAUUUAGUCUACCAUUUCUGCAAAAAUGUUGCAAAUUUUGUUUUCCAAACAAUUUGUUGAUCAACAACCUGAUCAACAACCUGAAGAAAUAUCACCACUGGUGAUUUUUAAUUAACUAAGACUUUAUAUCUUAGGGUAUUAGUUUCGUUCCACUUUAUCUGACACAAUUUUUAUCUGGAUCAUACAGAUAUAUAAUUUUCUAGUGAUUGUAUGUUAGGACCAAAAGAUAAAUUAAUAUCAACACAUUAUAAAUAUUUAGCUUACUAAAUAUUUGUAAUUAUUUUUGCAUCCAUUAUUUCUAACUUGUUUUCUAGCACUUAAAUGUUUGAAAGUUUCAUUCUAAAAUAUAUAGCACAGGAAAGUUCCAGUUCAUUUUCAUCCAUGGAUCAUCACGUUUUUCGCUCGUAAACAUCCAAGGUUUUUAUGAAAAUUAAACAUUCCCCCUUUUUUCUUUAAAUUUUAUACAAAGCACUUUAAUGAUAGAUGCAACUUAAUUUUUCAGAUUUUUCUUUCUUUGUUUAAAGACCACACAUUUGCUAAUGUUAAUAUGAAGGUAGUAAAUAGCUUACUGAUAUUUUAUGGAUGCAGACAAUCCCUGCACAACCACUUCUUAUAAUACUCAUUUAUUUCUUUAAAUAUUGCUUCAAAAGGAAGAUGGGAGUAUAAACCCUGAUUUUUUUUUUCCUCCCAAGUAAAAUCUUAAGUGACCACUUUAGACAAUAUUUGAUUCCUACUGUAAAAUUUAGAAAAUAAUGAAUUUUUGUCCAUUUUUGUAAUCAAGAUUUUAGGGAAAACAGAAGUACAUCUAUCUUUAAUGAAAUAUUGGGCAGGUUUUUGUGUAUCAAUAUUUUGUACUUUUUAGGGAAUAUUUUAUUUUUUAGUGAUUUUUGUCAAAUUAUAAUUUUAAAAGGUACAGCAGAGAAUAUACCAUGUUUUUAUAUAGGUUCACACCUGUACUUAGGAGGGACCCUGUCCAUCUAUAUACUUUUUGUAUGAAAUUUUAAAAUGCUGAAGAUCCACAAAGUCAUAAUAAAAUGCUUUUAUAGCUAGAAAAACAUUUACCCUUCCCAGUGCUUUGCACUAAAAUAUACUGUGAAAGGAAACUAGAAAGACUGUACUGUUGCUGGAAAUGUUCUAUAUUGAAUGUACAUGCUCUUGUUGGAAAUGUACUAUAUGUGAUGGAAAUAAACCAGACUCAAAGUUA